GCCCCCAAACCCCUCCUCCGCCCUUCCAUUCGGGUCGCGUCCAGAGGCGGCAGGCAGGCAGGCAGCCCGCGCGGGUGCCGACGCCCACCACCUCCCUCCCCCAUCGGAUCCGGCGCGGCGCGGAUCCACGCAGCGGGCGAUCAAUGGCCUCGUCCUCGGCGGCGGACGAGGUGGCGCCGGCCCCGGCCGAGGCCGAGGCGGCGGAGGCCAAGGGGAAGGGGAAGCGGGGCGGGGUGCUGGGGCGGAUGUGGCGGGCGCUCUUCGGCGGCCGCGAGGACUUCGAGAAGCGCCUGCAGUACCUGUCCAAGGAGGAGGCCGCCGUGCACGCGCGGAUGCGCAGGCGGACGCAGUUCUCGCGCCGCGCCGUGCGCAACCUCAUCGUCCUCUCCGUCCUCGCCGAGGUGGUGGCUGUUGUAUAUGCUAUCAUGAUGACAAGAGAUGAGGAUCUAAGUUGGCAAAUGAGGGCAAUUCGGGUGCUGCCUAUGUUUGUUCUUCCAGCUGUAUCCUCUGUGAUAUAUUCAACAGUUGUAAGCUUCACAAGGAUGCUUGAGCGAAAAGACCAGAAGACCCUUGAAAAGUUGAGGGCUGAGAGGAAAGCCAAGAUUGAUGAGCUUAAAGAGAGAACAAAUUAUUAUCUUACCCAGCAGCUUAUUCAGAAAUAUGAUCUUGAUCCAGCUGCAAAGGCCGCGGCAGCUUCAGUUUUGGCAUCAAAGCUUGGGGAGGAGACUGGUUUAAAACUUCAUGUUGGUGAAGAACCAAAGUUGGAUGCAGCAGUGGCUAGAAGCAACGAUGUUGAGAUACUGCCAUCCGAUGGUUUGAGAAACAGGAAGCAACCCAAUGCAAGAGGAAGCAGGACUGGGAGCCCCUCUGCUGCUCAUACCCCAGCACAAGGAACUGAAUCCAGUCCAACUGCGAGUGCUGGUUUGGAAACUGCACCAGCUCCAAUGGUGGUAGAACACCAUCAAGGUACAGGGGCCAAUGAUGGCGGAUGGAUUGCAAAAAUUGCUGCCUUGCUUGUGGGGGAGGACCCAUCACAGUCGUAUGCUUUGAUAUGUGGCAACUGUCAUAUGCAUAAUGGCUUGGCACGGAAGGAAGAUUACCCACACGUAACAUACUACUGCCCACAUUGUCAUGCAUUGAACACAUCAAAGCAAUCCAUGGGCCAAUACUCAGGCUCCAACUCAGGCCGGUCGACCCCAGCUGUUCCUGCUGAUGGACUGUCUGUUUCCAGUUCAGUACAGGAGGGUGUGUUGAGUAACCUGACCACAUUGCAGGAGCUGCCAAAGGAAGGAAAUGUGGAGAAGCAAGAAACAGAGGCAAGUUGAUGGUUCAUAAAACUACUAUUGUUGAUGUGUGUGGAAUUAGUUUGUCUUUUAGACAUAUAUCAUCAUGUUUCAACUGGUCCGAGCCGCAGAUUUGGCACUGUUGUAAAUUGGAAAUAGUGACUGAUAUGAUCCACAGAAACUUAGCGUCCAAAAAGAAGAAAUGAGCCAUGGUGUGUACAUCCAUCCUUGAGUGGAUGAAUUUUGUUGUCUAUAGAGUGUCAGUCAAAGACUACCUGCUGCGUGACAAGAUGAUACUGAAACUGAAAGGCUAUGUGACGGAGGCAUGCAAAGAGGUCAGUCACAUAGCGUUCAGACAAGAUGGUGUAGAACAUAGAUAAGAUUGAAGCUUCAUUUUCUAUUUCUACCAUAUUUUUUUUGCAAGCACUUGUUCGGAGACCAGGAACAUGGAGAAAUUUUUGCGUU